AUGGCCAAAGAAGGUCUUGGACUUGAAAUCACUGAGCUAAGGUUGGGUCUGCCCGGUGGAGAACCUACAAGUGUGGUGAAUAAGAAUGAGAAGAAAAGGGUGUUCUCGGAGAUUGAGGGUGUCGGCGAUGAAAAUAGCUGCUCCGGCGACCAGAAAAUAGAGAAGAAGAAUCAAGUGGUGGGGUGGCCUCCGGUGUGCUCUUACCGGAAGAAGAACAGCAUGAACGAAGCUUCAAAAAUGUACGUCAAAGUUAGCAUGGAUGGGGCUCCCUUCUUGCGUAAAGUUGAUCUUGGUAUGCAUAAGGGAUACUCGGAGUUAGCCUUGGCUUUGGAGAAACUCUUUGGUUGCUAUGGAAUGGUGGAGGCAUUGAAGAAUGCGGACAAUUCUGAACACGUUCCCAUUUAUGAGGACAAAGAUGGUGACUGGAUGCUGGUUGGAGAUGUCCCUUGGGAAAUGUUUAUUGAGUCAUGCAAGAGGCUGAGGAUUAUGAAGAGAUCAGAUGCGAAGGGCUUUGGUCUUCAACCAAAAGGAUCUUUAAAGGGAUUCAUAGAAGGAGUGGCAAAAUGA